AUGAACAAGGAGCUCUUCCAACCCCGUGGCCUUUUCUGUUUAGUGAUGACCUGGAACUCUGAGUUGGCGGAUCAGCCUUCAACUACACUAGACAUGACUUCGAUGGUCUUCAAAUCCUCCGAUGCGGGCUCAGACAUGCUAAGCCGCCUGCGUCACAAAUUCAAGUCAUCGGAUGGCAAGACCUAUGGCAAUAUCUUCCCCGAAGUUGCGCCAUUGAUCUUCCCAGGUCUCGACGAGCUGGCUUCAGACCAGGAUGCAGCGAAGAAGAUCUCGAAGACCAAGAAAAAGAUGGAAUUCGUGAACGGGUACUUCGACAAACGAGCACAAGCUCAAUUCCCAAAAACCCCGAAAGCCAUUUGGCACAAGGCCCAAAGCCUACUUUCAGCUCACGCUAUGCAGACCCCGAGCACCCUGCUAGUAGUGGUGAUUUGCUUGCCUUGGUGA